CAGCAGCUGCGUUACAAAGCCUGACUCUCUUCAAUCGAACGAAACAUUCUAGUUGAAAAUAGACAUUUAUCGUCUAUAAACUUAUAUCUUUUACAUCAGAACUACGCCGUCCAGUAUAACCUAGAAGAAACUCUCGAUCAAAUCCCUUUAUCUCAGUGGAACAGCUAAUGAAAAGAUUUCAAAAUGAAAACUGAGGUAUCCACAGCUGCGAACUUCAUUACAAGGUUGCUGAGAGGAACUGGACUUCUUUCGGAAGAGCAACUGCAACAGUUUAGUAAUUCUCUUGAGGAGGCUUUGGGAGAGCAUUACCAACAUCACUGGUUCCCCAAUGCUCCAUGCAGAGGUUCAGGAUAUCGAUGCAUUCGUAUCAAUCAUAAGAUGGAUCCUUUAAUAGGAAAAGCAGCUUGCACCAUUGGACUCACCAGAGAUCAGCUAUUUUCACUGCUACCAAGUGAGCUGACUUUGUGGGUUGAUCCAUAUGAGGUGUCUUACCGGAUAGGUGAAGAUGGUUCUAUUUGUGUCCUGUAUGAGUCCACACCACCAUCAGUAAAUAAUGCAAGCCCAGUGGAUAACAGGGGCAGCUGUAAAGAUGAACUAAGGAUUGAACGAUCGAGCCCCUCCAAAUCAUUUAAUAUGAUGACUGUUUCCAGUUAAUGGUUUAAUAACCUUUGCGAGCCACCAGUGACAUAUUUAUAUGUCUCUAGCUCGUAUGUCCAAUAAUUCACUCUUCAUUCUGUGUAGAAUUAAAGAUUUUUGUAUUACUGAUGAAAGAUCUGUGCUCAUAUUUUGUGGGCAAUGCCCAAAAGGGAUUUAUUUUGGAUAACUGUAAGCUGUAAAUGAUCUGUACAGCAAUGUAGCAAAUGUUUUACAAAUUUUUAUUAAAAAGAUCAGUU